GCUUCUCCGCGGCUCGGUUUGGUUUCCGGGUGAUACUGCUUUUCUCUUCAAAGCAGAGGAAAGUCGGGGGCUCAUGUGUCAACAUCCAGGGUUUCCCCGGGGAGGUGUAGCGUUAACGUUAUUCCAAAAAACCUAAUGUUCCUUUGAAGACCGUUUUCUUUUUGUUAGUCUAGUCAUCCCCGGACGUGGCGCUUUCUCGGACCGCAGAGACCAGAAAACGAUCUUCGGCUCCUGCUGCUUUGACGUUAGCUAACGUUAUUUUAAACGAUGACAGAGUACAAAGUGCGAAUAACGUCUCCAAUCAUUUAAUUAUAUCUGGGGACCUGUUAGCUUAGCCAGCUAGCCUGGUAAUUCGACUAGAACAAGGAAUCACGACGAAACACACUGCUGACAUGAUGUUUCCUCAAUCAAGGCACUCGGCAUCCUCUCAGUCCAGCCAACCCCUCAAGUUCACCACAUCUGACUCCUGUGACCGCAUCAAGGAUGAGUUCCAGUUCCUCCAAGCACAGUACCACAGUUUGAAGUUGGAGUGUGAUAAGCUGGCGUCUGAAAAGUCAGAGAUGCAGCGCCACUAUAUCAUGUACUAUGAAAUGUCCUACGGGCUGAAUAUUGAAAUGCACAAACAGGCUGAAAUAGUGAAGAGACUGAAUGGGAUCUGUGCUCAGGUGCUGCCUUAUCUGUCACAAGAGCAUCAACAGCAAGUCAUGGGCGCCAUAGAGAGAGCCAAGCAAGUCACACCCCCUGAGAUGAACUCCAUCAUACGGCAACAGCUCCAGGUGCAACACCUGUCCCAGCUGCAGGGCCUGGCCCUGCCGGUGACCCCACUGCCCCUGGGCCUCACCCCUCCCACCCUGCCCGCCGUGUCCUCCAGCUCUGGCCUGCUCUCCCUUUCCUCCAUCCUGGCCAACUACUCCCACGGCCAGGCCCAGGCGGUGAAGGAGGACAAGGCCAGGGAAGCCGCGGAGAGAGCGCCCCGAGGAGAGGACGGCGACAAGUCAGACUAGUGCAGACACGACAUGAAGGUUUUGGAGGGGGGAAUGGAGUGUUGAGGGGGGGAAAAAAAGAAAGGUAAAACUGUAAAUGGAGAUUGAUGUAAGUCUGGCUGCCUGUCUGCUGAGUGUUGAUGUAGAAGAGUAACUGCAGGGAUGAUAAGAGAAGAGGACAGAAUUGAAACUUUUGGAUGUGCAGAGAACGAAACUGCUGAAUGGCUGAGAGUUAAAUGUUCUUAUUAUUUAGUGAUAAUAAGGCUUCGGGCUUCUAGACAUUACAUAGAUGCUUCUUAUUUUUUUUUUUUAGUAUAAGCCACUAUUAAGCUUAACCAAGAUAAAUGUUUUCCCAUUUGGAGUGAGAGCUGAGGAUAAAAGCUAACAGCAGUGUCCCUUACAUGGAUCUGCCUCUCACAGGUUUAUAUUUCUUACUUUUUUUGUUAUCAGAUCUGUUGCUUUAGUCCCUCUGAUUGUUUCUUACUGGACCCUGUCGCCAGUCACAGUACACAGUUUUUACAACAUCUCAGUUCCUUAUAAGUCCUUUCCCUCCUCAUUACGUACAACAGCGCCAUCAACUUUUUUCCAAAAUAAAAAAAAAAAUGUUGACUAGAGCUGUUUUGGACAGUGAUAUCAUUCAUUUCUUUACUUGGAGUGAAAUUGAAUCUUAGUCUGCUAUUAAAUGGGAUCUUUUUAAAGGGAUGUUUCACUUGUCCGGUGCAUUCAAACCCUUCUAACCGAUGCUUCUUUUCACCUGUUUUUUUUUUUUUUUCCCGUCAUACGACCAACCACUGGAUGCGUUACCUUUUAGCUGUGUACCUCAAUCCUAAAUAAAUGGGAUUAUAUUACAUUAAAAACCUAUAGCUAGUACAAAUGGUAGUAUACCCAUCUAGGGGGUUAAUUUGUGUUUCAUAGGCUUAGCUGCUGCUGCUACGCGCGCUACAUGGCACGGACCAUGACUGGUCUUGGAAUGACAAGAAUUUAAGCUCUGAAAAAAAUUGACUUUAUUUUGACAUGUUUUCGUGACGUUAAAGACAGGUUAAUUAGACAUUUAAAAUGUGUCUGUGUGUGCUUGAGUGAAUGUGAUUGGAAAGAAGAAAACACUUGUUUAAUUUAACUUUUUUUUCUAAAAAGCACCUUUUGUAUUUCCCUCCCCACCCCACCCCUCCCACUCCUGCCUCUUCCUCGCACCGGUCCACUCUUUAACUGACCAAGAAAAACUUGAACAGGAUCUAAACUUCAGAACCAGACGGUCGUUAAACACAUAAAUGUACUGUAUUUCUGUAAGUUAGCACAUUUCAGUUUAUACUGAGACUGUAUCAAGCGCCUGUCUUUUCCUGUCUUGCUAACUUGUGUGUGAUUGUCAGGGGAAGCUCUUCCCAUUUUUCUAAUUUUCCCAUUGUUUUAAUAAAGAGUGUGUCCCAGGUGA